AUGUGCAAUGAAACGGAAGAAAGUGCUGAUCAUAUUCUUGUAGAUUGUGCGUAUGCAAAGAAGGUCAUGGAAGGAAUAAUGAGAUGGUGCAAGGUGCAUAUUCACAUGGAAGAUCUCCAAGCGGUGUCGGAUGUCCUGAACUUUGCCAAUCAAUGGGGAACGUGUACUAAAAAGCGGAAGAUAUUCAUGGCAAUUUGCUACUCUACACUACGGAGAAUCUGGAUAGCAAGGAAUGAAACGGUUUUCAAAAAGAACCGGUUACCACCUGAAAAAGUCAUUGAGUAUGUCAACUCUGUGACUUUUCUUUGGGUGAAGAAUAGGGGAAUCAAGAUGGAAUUGAUCCGGGCAAAUUGGUCUCAAUGCCCUUUUUUCUUUUAG